AUGGCAGACAAAGAGAAGCUGUCAGAUGGUGGAAUCUUGUGCGAUGACAUAGCCGCGGACCCUCUGGAAGAUGCAGUACUGUGGUCCAGGAGUAAAAAUUUGUCUGCCUGCAUAAGCGCCCUUGCGAUACAGGAUGAGGCAGCAGGGGGUUCGCAAGCACGCUGCUUGCGCAAGCUCGAGGUUCGCGUGGCGUCAUGUUGGCGGCAAGAUGCAGAUCAUGAUCAGGCUUCAAGCCUUAAGGGAAGUGAGCACAGCAGUCUGCAACUGUCAUCAACGCAGUCGCCUUCCUCGACACCCGCUCGUGAGAACGCAUGUAGCGAGGGAAGUGCUGCUUGCCGACGUCGUUCGCAUGACACACCAUUCGACUCCUUCUCGUCUGUGUCCUCCCCGCUGGAUACCUUGAAUUUGUCGAAGGAGCUUGAGACGCCCAGUCCACAAUGGGUCCGGCUGAAGGAAGACGUUGCAAAGCUACCCGUGGCAGACCUGCAAAGACGAGCGGAAGCUUUAACACAAAAGCUGCAGCACAGAGAGCAUCAAUGCCUGGUUUUGCGGGAAGCCUUGGAAGCUUGCAACCACCACUUCCGACAUGCCCUGGAGCCCGACAUUUGA